AAGAAAUAUUUCCGCUAAAGUACUGGCAUCUGGUUGACCGCGUGUAAACCUCGCCCUUCAAUCCAGUAUUCGUGGGCAUUUGGAGCAAUCCAAGCGACAUGAAGACUCAAUAACACCCGUCUCCUGCGCACCUGUGACUGCAUAUAUGUCCAGAGGGAUUGUAAAGUGGGUCACAACGACUUUCAGGCAACUGCAACAGCAAAUACAGCCUUCGCGAAUCAUGGCGGAGGCCUCCAAUGUUGGCGCAAGCCCGGCGCCUCCCGUGAAGCUCACAGGCCGAGCAUUUUACGAAAGCAUCGGCAGCCCUAAAAUGAUUGUGGCUCCGAUGGUCGACCGAUCAGAAUUCGCAUGGAGACUCUUGACCCGAUCGUACCUGGACGAAGAACGAUCGAAGUCCUUGUUGGCAUACACCCCGAUGUUCCAUGCCCGAAUGUUCAGCGAAACACAGCGGUUCCGCGAAGAGUUCUUCCAACCCACGAGAAGCGGAUUGGCCUCGAAAGAGAAGUCCACAUCGCCUCCCUGGCGAGACGGCAACCCGGCCCUUGACAGACCUUUGUUCGUGCAAUUCUGUGCAAACAAGCCCGAAGAACUACUAGACGCGGCGCAGUACGUCGCUCCAUACUGCGAUGCCGUGGAUCUCAACCUCGGGUGCCCCCAAGGAAUCGCUAAGGCAGGACAUUACGGUGCGUUCCUUCAAAAGGACUGGGACACCAUCUACAAGUUGAUCAACACGCUGCACAAAGACCUGUCCGUUCCCGUGACGGCCAAAAUGAGGAUCUUGGAAACACGGGAGAAGACGCUCGAGUACGCCAAGAUGAUCCUGUCGGCCGGCGCGAGCAUCCUGACUGUUCACGGACGGCGACGUGAGCAGAAGGGCCAUUACACGGGACUCGCGGAUUGGUCGGUGAUCAGAUACCUACGGGACAAUUUGCCGCCUGAGACGGUCAUAUUUGCGAAUGGCAACAUCCUGAAUGCUGACGACAUCGAUGCCUGUCUAGCAGCAACCGGCGCCGACGGCGUCAUGUCCGCUGAAGGAAACCUUUCGGAUCCGACCAUAUUCGCAAAGCCCCCUAAAGAGUACAACCCGCGGGAAUAUUGGUAUGGACCAGACGGCAAAGGUGGAUACCGGGUAGACGCUGUUUUCAGACGCUACCUGGACAUAAUCUACAAAUACUGCCUGGAGAAAGAUCCUCCAACCCGCCAGCCAUUAUAUAUUCCUGGCGAUCCCGAACCUGAAGUCGAUCCCAAGUUGUCCGAGCGCCCCGAUCAGGCGCAGGAAGACGAACCUCGCCGGAACAAGAAGCGGAAACGCAAUGACCACGGCAAACCGAAUCCCAAUUUGAAACCCAUGCAAGGCCAUUUAUUCUCCCUGCUCAGGCAUCUGCUGGCCAAACACACGGACAUUCGAGACGUGUUGGCGCGUGUGACGGUGGGGGAUCUUGCGACGUUCGAGCGCAUCCUUAGCAUGGUUGAAGCAGCGGUGCGGAAGGGCCUACAAGAAGAAGCGGCCGCGGCCGAACGUGCGGCGAGCCAGCCAGGAGAAGAUGCGUCACCCGCAGUAGGAGCAGACGUUCCUGAGGCUGAAUUGACGCCCAAACAGAAGACAGAGGCAAAGUACAAGCGACCAUGGUGGGUUUGUCAACCAUACAUUCGGUUACUACCGGAGGAAGCUAUCAAAAAUGGAUCACUGCAUCUUAGCAAGAAAGCGAUGGCCAAAAUGGCUCUAGAAAAAAAGACCGAAACAACAGGUGACCCUAUCCAGAGAACCGACAGCUCAGUCACCGUGCCAAACACCUCCGAACCUACCUCCGGUGACCUGCCCAAACCCGCAUUGGUAUGUGGCUGAACAAGGCAAGGCACCACAUAGAAACAACAUUCCACAACAACAGAAACCAUAUAUAUGCUCGAAAGAACAGGACUCCGAUCCUGCGGCUUGUAAUAACAUUUUCUUGCGUCUUACCUUAUGUGUACACCAGCAGAACAAGCACUUACCAUGGUAUUAAUUAGUAUUAGUUCCUCCACGCGACCUGCGCGUUUAUCGAAUUCCCAAUGACACAUGCUGAAUUAGCCGUCAGAUCCUGGCACCCACUUCUUAUUGCUCUGCGUCCUCGUCCUCGGUCGC